GUUUAAUGCAUACAUAAUACAUACUGUAGUGUUUUUGUGGGUGUUACAUGAUUUUUUCUAUGAUAUUGUUGACAGUCACCUCUAGAUAUUUAUUCUGAAAAAGAAUUUGUGUGGCAAGUGCGGUUUUAAUUUAAUGAAAUAAUAAGUUGAAGCUUAUUUAAGUUAUAGAGAGUACUUUAAGUACAAGUUUCGCAAAAACGGUCUGGCGGUCGAUUAGAUUUGUAAACGGUAGCCAUCUUGUUCAGAAUCCCAUGUUACAUAGAGAAUAUUCUUUCAUCGUUUGCCCACAAUUUUCUGCAAACAGUUGCUUUAUAUUAUUUUCAUUACUUUUGGACUAUGCAUGAAUUAUAUCAUAUUACAUAGCAAUGGCUGCGACGAGAAAGUUGCAAGGUGAAAUAGAUAGGUGCCUUAAAAAAGUAACAGAAGGAGUAGAAACUUUUGAAGACAUUUGGCAAAAAGUUCACAAUGCUACAAACAGUAAUCAAAAAGAGAAAUACGAGGCUGACCUUAAAAAGGAGAUCAAAAAGCUUCAGAGGCUACGCGAUCAGAUCAAAAGCUGGAUUGCAUCAGGAGAAAUUAAGGAUAAAAGCACACUACUCGAUUACAGAAAGCUAAUUGAAACACAAAUGGAGCGAUUUAAAGUUGUUGAAAGAGAGACGAAAACUAAAGCUUAUUCCAAGGAAGGUCUAGGAGCUGCCCAGAAGCUUGAUCCGGCUCAAAAAGAAAGAGAAGAAGUCAGCAAUUGGCUGGCAAACUCAAUAGAUGCUCUAAAUUUACAACUUGAUACAUUUGAAUCUGAAAUUGAAUCACUUCUUGCUGGUAAGAAAAAAAGAUUAGAUAAAGAUAAACAGGAUAGAAUGGAUGAACUUAAAGGAAAGCUCGAAAAACAUCGAUAUCAUAUUCGUAAACUAGAAACAUUGCUUCGGAUGUUAGAUAAUAUGUCCGUCGAAGUUAAUACGAUAAAGAGAAUAAAAGAAGACGUGGAAUACUAUAUUGAAUCGUCACAAGAGCCUGACUUUGAAGAGAAUGAAUAUAUUUACGAUGAUAUUAUCGGAUUGGAUGAAGUUGAAUUAUCUGGAGUCGGAAUUCCUUCUUCAGCAACUACAGAUAGUAAUAAUAGUAAUGAAACUGGAGGAACUCCUACGUCUACUAAUUCUGGAACUUCGCCCAUACCAUCACCCCCUCUGAGUUCAACUAUGCAUAAUCAUUCAAGUGAUAGUUCUACUGAUGCAGAUAAAAAGACUAAGCCGGUUAAACCAACUGCAGUCAGACCAUUAAUAAAUUCUCAGUCAAGCAUUCCAACUUCAGGAAAUAUUACUACUGUGAAACCAAAUCUAUUGCCAAGCAGUACUCCCAGUAAAGCAGUUCCUUUAAUACCUAACCACAACUCACAGAGUUCUACGAGUAAUCACGUAUCCAUGACCAAUGCUGGUAAUUUUGCUACUGUAGCAGCAUCGCACAGCAAUUCUCAAGUUGUUCAUUCUACUUCUACUAAAACGCCAUGUAAAAUCGAACAUUACAGCUGCACGAUUGAAGAAUCCAGUCAUGGAAAUGAAAAUGGACUUUUAUCUUCCUCAUCUACAUCAAGUGUUACUUCUAAUCCACCACAAACGAUUUCUCAACAGCAUAGUAACCCAUCGCUUGCGCAAUCUUCUCUUGUUCUACAUAGUCAACAAAAUCAAAAUCACAAUUGCGAAACGGAAGUAAGCAUACCUGUUCCACCGUCAUCAUCACCACAUUCUUCUGUAAGCAGUUGUUCUUCACCUAUACCAGUGAAUUCUUGUUCACCGACGCCUUCCAGUGCUAAUGGGCUUAUCUCUAAACUUCCUGAUGGCUUGUCUUCUCUAAAAUCAAUUGCUCAACAAGUAAUCGUUCGAGCUGGUUUAGAAAUACCGUCAUCGGAAACAAAUAGAAAUAUUUUUGAUAAUUCUAAGUCGAAUAUUAACAAUAACAACAUAACCUCAGAAGCGCACAUUCCACCUCUGCUUGGUGUAGCACCUUUAGGUACAGUCCCGCUUCAGAAAGAGCAUCAGCAUCAAUUUCAAAUGAUGGAAGCUGCAUACUAUCACAUGCCACAUCCCUCCGAUUCGGAACGUUUAAGAGCAUAUUUACCAAGAAAUAUAUGCCCUACGCCAUCUUACUACCAACAGAUACAGCUUCCACAUUCAGACACUGUAGAAUUCUUCCAACGUUUGUCGACCGAAACGCUUUUUUUUAUAUUUUAUUAUAUGGAAGGUUCUAAAGGACAGUAUCUAGCAGCGAAGGCUUUGAAGAAACAAAGUUGGAGGUUCCACACUAAAUACAUGAUGUGGUUUCAAAGACACGAAGAACCUAAAAUUAUAAAUGAAGAAUACGAACAGGGAACUUACAUAUACUUCGAUUAUGAAAAGUGGGGUCAGCGAAAGAAAGAAGGCUUUACAUUCGAGUACAAAUACUUAGAGGAUAGAGACCUCAAUUAAGUGAAGAUGUAUCAAAGUCUUCUUUUAUAUUCAUGUGAUGAGGAGAAAUUCAGACGCGAAUUAUUUUUUUGCGGUUAUAUAUUUUCGAAAAAUAUAACUUUAUUUAUUGGCAAGGAAUAAUAAAAAUUUGUUGACCGAAAUUGAUAUAACAGAUGUCGUCAAAAAUGUUGAAGGUUGAUACAACGUAUUAAAGGUGUUUAAAUACAACCUCCUUUUAAAAAAAUGAAUCCAAUGGCAAAAUGUAAAUCAGUUAUGAUUACUGAUAGGCAGUAACUGUAAAGUUGUAAACUUUGAGUUGUACCAGUUGCAUAUUUUAAUAGUUUUGUGUGAGGUGUGUGAUAAAUAGAGAAGGAAGUUAUUCUCGUUGACGACUGACUCUAAAAUACCAGUACAAACAUUAUGUGCGACCCAUUUGCCGUUUAAUGGUAUGGUGGAAGACGCUCAUGCUAUGGUAUAUCUUAAUGUUUAGAUUAUAAGUAGCCUUUUUUGUAUAAAUUAUAUAAAGGUAUGAAACCCUUAAAUUGAAUUACUGUACAGAAUGUGUAGAAAUAGUAAAUAAUAAUAUUAUGGAAUAUA